GGACAUCAGCGGGGCUGCGCGGAGGAGGAGCCGCUGAAAUGGGUCACAUGGGUGCGCUCUGCCGCUUCAGACGCUCACCUGGAGCUCCUCCUGGCAGGGAGAACCGAGCCGGCGCAGAGCGAAGCACCUGAACCUUAACUGGAUCCGGGUCGGAUCCUCGCGGCAGACGGAGGCAAGAGUUCGGUGCCUUUUUGUUGUUAUUUUGUUGUGAAGAGCUGCCGCUGCGCUCUGCGGAGGUCCUCGCUUCCGCAAAUUACCUGCUCGAAUCCCGGCUUUCAAGCAGAAACACGGCUUCAGCGGGAGCGCCCGCGGGGACAUGGACCCGAGCAGAGCCGGAGGCGUCAUUGCCUACAUCAGCUCAUCCUGCUCUGCCUCCAGCCCUGAGUCCUGCCACAGUGAAUCCUCCAACGGCAGCUACAGGGCAUCUUCACCCUCGCUCCACGGGUCCUCCCCCACCCCGGGCCAGAUGAAGCAGCUGGCCAAUCCCAGGCCGGGUGCCGAUGACCAAGACCUUCCUGCUCCUCAGAAAAACAAGCGCUCUGCGUCCUCAGGAAAAUCUGGCAUCACAAAAAUUAAUGGGCUGGUGCUGCUGUGUAAGGUGUGCGGGGAUGUGGCGUCCGGUUUCCACUACGGAGUUCACGCCUGCGAGGGCUGCAAGGGCUUCUUCAGGAGGAGCAUUCAGCAGAACAUCCAGUACAAGAAGUGCCUUAAGAACGAGAACUGCCCCAUCAUGAGAGUCAACCGCAACCGAUGCCAGCAGUGCCGCUUCAAGAAAUGCCUGAUGGUGGGAAUGUCUCGAGACUCUGUCCGCUUCGGUCGCAUCCCGAAGCGGGAGAAGCAGCGCAUGCUCCUGGAGAUGCAGAGCGCCAUGGACAACAUGAUGAAUGACAGUCAGCUGCAAAGCAUGCCUCUGCCACCCGUCACCAAACCGCUGCUGGCCAGCGCCACCAAGCCCGCUUUCGAGGAGACCGGCCCCGCCCACUCUCCCUCCUCUUCACCAUGCUCCAGCCAGUCAGACUCGAGCUCCGACCCGGAGCCUGCCGUCUCCAUGGAAACCAGCUCGGCCUCACCCAGCACGUCGGACAGCAGCGAGGAGGAAGUGAUCGGCACGGUGACCAGAGCCCACCAGGAGACCUUCAUGUACAACCAGGAGCAGAGCAGCCUGCCGCCAGAGGCGCUGCUCCGCCCCUCGGCACCCACCCCCCACCAGCUGACAGAGGAGGGGCUCCGAGCCUGGAACCGCCAGAAUGACAUGGCGACAGCGGCCUUCCACGGCUCAGCCUCCGGCCUUUUUCCUCAAGAUAUGAAGGAGAGCGCCCCCAGGCAGUGUCCAUUCAAACUGUCCACAGGCGUCCCUGUUACUUCCUACAAACAGGGAGCGGUCCAAGCCCCGCCCACUAACAGCUGUGCCCCUGGAGUCCAGCAGGACUGGAGCGCUGGCAACAGGCUGUAUCUAGUUUGUCCAAUGAACAUAUCUCCUCACGUGAAUCUGCACAAGACUGGCCACGAGGUGUGGGAGGAGUUCUCCCACUGCUUCACGCCUGCCGUAAGGGAAGUGGUGGAGUUUGCCAAGAAGAUCCCCGGCUUCAGGGACCUGUCACAGCAUGACCAAGUCAGCCUGCUGAAGGCGGGCACCUUUGAGGUGUUGGUGGUUCGCUUUGCCUCUCUGUUUAAUGUCAAAGACCGCACCGUCACCUUCCUGGGAGGGAACAAGUACAGUGUGGAGACGCUGAAGGCCAUGGGCUCCGGAUACCUCCUCAACGCCAUGUUUGACUUCAGUGAGAAGCUCAUGAAUUUGGGCCUCAGUGAGGAGGAGAUGAGCCUCUUCACCGCCGUGGUUCUGGUUUCUGCAGAUCGCUCGGGCCUCGAGAACGUGAACUCCGUGGAGGCGCUGCAGGAGACGCUGAUCCGAGCUCUGCGCAGCCUCAUCACCAGGAACCACCCCAACGAGUCGGCCAUCUUUACCAAGCUGCUGCUCAAGCUGCCCGACCUGCGCUCGCUCAACAACGUGCACUCCGAGCAGCUGCUGGCCUUCAAGGUGCACUCGUGAAGGCCCACGCCAGACGAGAACAAACAGACCUUUAGAGCACCAUCGCCCCACAUCUGCAGCCCCCUUUACCCUCCCAUCGUGAGGUUUUUGCUUUCCCCUCACUAGCGGGGUGGACCAUUCCUGAACUGCAGGGCGGUGAUGCCGACACACACACACACACAGUGAUAUGUAGCAGCUGUACAAAUGUUAGAAGCACUUUUCUGUGGUUUGUUUUCAUUUGGUGCAAUAUGUGACGCUUUCUUUCUUUUUUUAUUGGAGCUGCAGGAAAAUGUGUUUGGGGGGUAGAUGUAUGUGUUCAUGCGUCAUCUUAUCUUUUCCUCUUUUUUUGUUGAAAAUGUAAUGAUCUUUCAACACGACGACCUGCUGUGGUCCAGGCGUCAGCUACCCCCCCUCCCUGCUUAAGCAAAACUGUACAUAGUGCAGCUGAGUCACGGCUGUGAAUAGGUUUAUAUAUGGUUGUAAUUUCAGAGAAUAAACUGUGUUACAGUGAGAGUCCAGCAUGAACGUCCAGAGCUUCUGUGUUUCUGUGAAACGACUGCAGCUGUUCCAACCCUCAUGCAGCGGAAUAUAGACUUGUACCUUUUAGAAAUGUAUAAAUAAAAGCCGUUAUGAAUUUUAUAAAUGCA